CUGAGCAAGGGAGGGAGCCAGAAGGAAACCGCGGGCUUUCUCAGCCAUCCCGGCUCCAAAGCAGAUCCCAGAUCCUGGUGCUCAAAGGAGCGAAGCUUUGCAGGGUUCUUAGAGCGAGCAAGGGGUGUCAAAGACAUUCCCAGUUUGAAGCCCACGAGCCUGUUGGACAGUCGUGGAGGGUGGGUGCGCUAAGUACAAAGGUUUUUUUUUUUUUCCUUUUUUUUUAAUCAAAGAAGACUCUGCUCUACAGCUGCCUCGCCCAGUGCCCCAGGCCUUAUCACCAGCUUUCUGUAGCUUUCUUGGUGAAAACCUUUGAUUUCUUUCACGGGAUACACAAAGAAAUCCCGAGCCAGAACUACAGGUGCCAGCUUUGAGGACAGGCGUCUCCAGUGAAGUUCUUGGCAAAGAAAGAGACACUGCUAGGACCCAUCGGGUCAGCUGGAGAUCUGGGCGCCCAUGCUUCUGUCAUGGCUCACAGGAUUUGGGGCUGGACUGCUCUCCCUGCACUUGGCGCAGAAACUUCUGUUCCCGUACUUCUGGGACGACUUGUGGUUCUUGCUGAAGGUGGUGCGCUACGGAAUUCAGAUGGAGAUGUACAAAAGGAGGGGGGAGCUGGUCACCGUGCUGGAUAAGUUCCUGAGCCACGCCAGGAGGCAGCCGCAGAAAGCCUUCAUCAUUUAUGAGGGCGACGUCUACACCUAUGAGGACGUGGACAAGAGGAGCAACAGAGUAGCCCACGUCUUCCUGAACCACUCCUCCGUGAAAAGGGGGGACGUUGUGGCUUUGUUGAUGAGCAACGAGCCCGACUUCGUUCAUGUGUGGUUUGGCCUGGCUAAGCUGGGCUGCGUGGUGGCCUUCCUCAACUGCAACCUUCGCUUAGAUUCCCUCCUACACUGCAUCCGCACCUGCGAACCCACUGCCGUGGUGGUGGGCGGAGAUUUGCUUGGAAGCAUAGAAGAAAUCCUUCCCAGCCUCCCGAAACAUGUCAGAGUUUGGGGAAUGAAGGAUUCUGUCCCAGAAGGUAUAGUUUCACUCAAAGAAAAACUGAGUCUUGCUUCUGAAGAGCCAGUACCCGCAAGCCAUCAUGUCACCUCAAGCCUCAAGUCUACUUGCCUCUACAUUUUUACCUCUGGAACAACAGGUCUACCCAAAGCAGCUGUGAUUAGCCAGUUGCAAGUGUUGAAGGGAUCUGUUGGGCUAUGGGCAUUUGGUUGCACAGCUGAUGACAUCAUUUAUAUAACCCUCCCUCUGUACCACAGCUCAGGGGCUCUCCUUGGAAUUGGUGGAUGUGUUGAGUUGGGUGCCACGUGUGUGUUAAAGAAGAAAUUCUCCGCAAGCCAGUUUUGGAAUGAUUGCAAGAAGUACAACGUGACUGUGUUUCAGUAUAUUGGUGAACUUUGCCGUUAUCUGUGCAAACAACCUCAGAGAGAAGGGGAAAAGAGCCAUCGGGUGCGUUUGGCAGUUGGAAACGGUAUGAGCAGUGACGUGUGGAGACAAUUUUUAGACAGAUUUGGAAAUAUUAAAAUGUGUGAAUUUUAUGGAGCUACUGAAGGAAACAUAUGCUUCAUGAACCAUACCGGAAAGAUCGGAUCUGUCGGGAGAGCAAACUUCUUCUACAAUCUUUUUUUCUCCUUUGAGUUGAUAAAGUAUGACUUCCAGAAAGAUGAACCACUGAGGAACGGACAAGGCUGGUGCUACCGCGUGAGAAAAGGAGAACCUGGUCUCCUCAUUUCCCGUGUGAAUAAUAAGAACCCCUUCUUUGGCUAUGCCGGCUCAUACAGGCACACGAGAAGCAAGCUGCUUUUUGAUGUUUUUAAGAAGGGAGAUGUUUACUUCAAUACAGGAGAUCUCAUGUUCCAGGAUCACGAGAACUUCCUUUAUUUUUGGGACCGUAUUGGAGACACUUUCAGGUGGAAAGGAGAAAAUGUCGCAACCACGGAGGUCGCUGAUGUGCUUGGGAGGUUGGACUUCAUACAGGAAGCCAAUGUGUAUGGUGUCCCCGUGCCAGGUUAUGAAGGAAAAGCAGGAAUGACUUCUGUUAUUCUAAAACCAAACAAGUCUUUAGACUUGGAAAAAAUGUACGACCAAGUGGUGACAUCUCUACCAGCUUAUGCCUGCCCGCGCUUUUUAAGAAUUCAGGACAAAAUGGAAACAACAGGAACAUUCAAGCUAAAGAAGUUACAGUUGGUGGAAGAAGGAUUUAAUCCACUGAAGAUUUCUGAGCCACUUUACUUUAUGGAUAACUUUAAAAAAUCUUAUGUUCCCUUGACCAAAGAGAUUUAUAAUCAGAUAAUGUCAGAGGAGCUUAAACUUUAAGACUGCAUUUAUGGGACUUUAAUGGCUUCCUGGGAAAGAUGGAGGGAGAUUCGUGAGCUUCUUUGUGGCCAUCGGGUGGGGGGGGGGGGAAGAUCCUUUCAUAAAUCAAUCAUAAAUUGAAAAAAAUGUACAUGAAGAAAGCGUUUUGUAUGCCGAGCUUUCAAGGCCCACACGGUUUCCUCAGCACAGUGAGGCCUGAAGAAGGAGCUGUUUGCCUGAGGGUUGUGAGGCUGACAUGAGGAUGCUGCUUACAGCUGAUGACCAGAAUCACUCAAAAGCAGCACACUUCAUAGCAUGAGCCCAGAAGCAGACUACAGUUCAAAGUACAUCGAUUUCUGAAUGCAUUUGGGAAGAAAACCAAACCGGCCAUAGUAUCACCACCUGACUCCAGGACUGUCAGAAAUGUGAUGAUUUGCUCUGAAUCAAAGAUGGGGAAGAUGGGGGAAAUGCAGGUGCUGCAUUUCCAUCGCAAGCAAUUCCUUGAGUUUAAUAAGGCUUAAAUUUGCUUCCACUGAUAUAAACUUCAGCUGAUUUUUUUAUUAAUUUUAAGAUUCAGUCAGUAACUAAGUACUUACCUUAAAAUUGAAGAUUUUAAGUAGUAUAAGUAGUUAACAGUUUACUCAUUUAAAAUACUUUCUAUUAUGUAAAAAUUCUAG